AUGGAUCGUAGAAGCCAGCGCACCUUCAUUAUGGUCAAGCCUGACGGCGUUCAAAGAAAACUUGUAGGAGAAAUUAUUAGCAGAUUCGAGCAAAGAGGUUACAAGCUUGUCGCUAUGAAAACCCUGCACGCUUCUCCUGAACUCCUCAGACAGCACUAUGCAGAACACGAAGGAAGAAGCUUUUUCGCAUCUCUAAUCGAAUAUAUUGGCUCUGGCCCUGUUGUUCCGAUGGUCUGGGAAGGUACUAACGUUAUUGAAAUUUCAAGAAAAAUCAUUGGAGCUACCAAACCAGCUGAAAGUGCCCCUGGGACUAUUCGUGGAGACUUUGCUAUCGAAGUAGGAAGAAAUAUUGUCCAUGGAAGCGACAGCGAAGCUUCAGCCCAAAGAGAAAUUGCCCUUUGGUUCAGAGAAGAAGAACUCGUCAGCUGGAAUGACCAUAGCAGUGCUUGGAUUUAUGAAUAA